AUGAAUUAAGUUUUGAAAAAGCUCCUCAGAAAAUAUUAGUUGGUGGGAAAUCAAGUCGAGGGUAAAUAUCUAAUUCCCAAUCCUCCUUCGAGAGUGGCAUCACCUUUCAUCUUAUUUUUGAAUGAGUAAUAAAAACAAUUAAAAUCAGAAUUACAAUAAAAGGUAGAAUAAAGAGAUAUUAUUAAAUUGCUGAAUCAACAUUACAAGCUUUUGACUCCAGAACAAAAGUAAAAGUACUUCGAUCAAUAUCGAAUCUCUCUAUUGUAAUACAUGUAGGCGAAGAGGAUCUAUGAUUACACAUUCAAAUACAACCAAAACAAUGGGAUUAAGAAGUUAGAGUCAGCAUAUGUGACAAUGAAAAGAAGUGAAAAGAGGAGUUUGAACAAAGAGUAAUUGACCAUUGAACAAAUAAGGGAAUAAUUUGGGAAACAACAAUUUGAAUUGAGUCAAGUGAAAUUGAAGGAUGCCACUCCAGAGGAAUUGGAAAUAGUUCAACAAGUUUUCAAUAUGAUCACUCUCCGUUAGAUUCAAAUCAAAAUAAAUUGCCAAUAAUUUAGAAUACCUGAUUUAUUCAAUUAGGUCAAAUUCAAAAAGAAGUGCAAAGAAUUCACACAGAGCUUCUUGAGAUAACAAAAGUAGGAAUUGACAUUCUAACAAUACUUGAUUCAAUUCCAAGAAAUGAAGGAGGAUCAAUUGAUCAAAUAUAAUAGUGAGUUAUUAGAGUUAAGUAAGAAAUUGAAUGACGAUCCUUCGAAUGUGGAAUUGGCAAUUAUUUUAAAUUUGGACAAACCGAAGAAGAAGGAGGAGAUAUCGAGAAAGAGAAGUAUGAAUGUGGAUUCGCAAAAUAAGUUCUUAAAUGUUUUAACUGAAUACUUUAAAGAAGACCCGUGA